AUGAGUGAAACUAUUAAAAGUGAAGCGCUUGCAGACUCUGAGAAGCCGGUACAGGCUCUAGAAAAUGUGCAAUUCCCGCCUUUCCCCGAACCAACCGAUGAUGAUUUUGAGGAGGAUAUAUCUCAAGAGGAAAGAGCAUUUUACUUGGCAAAAUUUAAAGAUCUUAACACUGUUACUCAAAUAAAAAUUCACUGCACAUCAUGUGAUCGUCACUUAGGACUGUGUCCAAAAAAUGAAAGCCGUAUGAAGACACAUCCUAUGUUACGCACAUUAGUGUGCAAUAGUUGUCAUUCAUUCUAUAAUAGUGGAGAAUUUGAAAAGGGUGAAGAUGGUUCAGAGUUAUACUGCCGCUGGUGUGGACAAGGCGGUCAAGUAUACUGCUGCUCUGAUUGUGAACAUGUGUUUUGUGCUAAAUGUAUAAAAAGAAAUUUAGGCCUUGCAAAAAUAAAGGAAAUUGAGGAACUUGAAGAUUGGAAAUGUUUCAAUUGUAAUUAUAUGUGUUUGAGAGACCUGCGCGCCAUUUGUUGGGCAGCUUUGCGUUAUUGUGAUUUAAAGAAUAGGAUUGCUCAUAAAACAGAAGAUGGCAAGCUCAAAGAAGCCUAUUUGCAAGAUUGUGCUGAGGACCAUUCUGAUUGUUGCAAGUCAAGGUCUAAAAGAAAGGAAAAACUGGAUGCCAAAAAACGAGACAUUGAUGCUAAAAAGUCUGUUGCAUCUGCUGUAUCCAAACUUCCGCCUACAAUACAGGUCAAGAAAUUUGCUUCAAUAAAUAUGAAUGACACAGCAGUAAAGCAAGAAGGUAAAAAGGCUCAAAAGAGAUCAGCCAGUCCUAAGACUAAACAAAAUAUUAUUCUGAAAAAUCCAAUAAGCGUUGCCUCCAAAAUGGGAAACACUUUUAAUGUUACACCUAUCAAAAAAUUUAGACUGCCUACCUCUAAUUUGAUAAACCCUAUAAGAAUAAUGGAUAUGAAUGGAAGAAAGGGUGUUGCUCAAAAUACUUUUAUAAAGAUUCGGCCGAAAAACCAAUACCAAUCUAUCUACAAUGGAAUGGCCUCAAGUAGUCCAUUCAAUAAUGUCUAUAGCAAUGAUAAUAUUAAUCUUUCAAUUGAUAGUCUAACACAGGGUUUGGAUGUAUCAGCAAUGUCAAGCAUGGUGCAUAGCCCACAAAGUGAACUAGUUUGUACUCCAGACUUUCCCAUGGAGCCAUUGUGCGAGGUAUUGGAGGACAACACAGAUGAUGACGUACAGUGCAUUACUCCAGCACCAGCUAACGUAUCGAAAGGGCCAUCUCUCAGUCGUCAAGUGAACUUGGCCGACGUUCCUUCAGACAAUAUCAUACAAAUGACCGAAAAUGAUGUCACAGUCAACACUGUUACGGGAGGACUUAAGUUCCGAGUUGAUCCACAAACAUUGUCCUCUCAAAAAAUGUAUCGGCUUCCUGACGGUAGAAUCUUUGCUAUAAACGCAAAUCCCAAUAUGCCUGGUGGGUAUUCUGCCACUAUAGUCGCCGUUACAGAAACGAAACAACCUAAACCCGGUCCUUCAAAAACGAACGCGUCAACAAUGUCCUCGACAUCAUCAAGGCGAAUAAGUGGUAAUAAACCUAGUAAUAAUAAUCGCAAAAAUAUCUUAAAACAAAGAGUUUCAAAAAAUGUAGUCCGUAGUAAGAACCGCUCUAUAAAAGAGGCCGAUCUGAAUGUGCCUGUAGAAUGGUAUAGAUAUAAUUUAAUGGACGCCAUCGAUGCUUUAGAAUAUUCGCUGUCGCGGCUACAUAAAUUGAAGAGGGAGGCAACGACUUCCUUCUUGAGAACUAGAUCUGUUCCGGAGAUGCGUAAUUUACAUAAAACCUUAGAAAACUUAUUAAAUACGUCGUCAAAUCGCUUUAGAGAAAUUCGAGAAACAAUUAAUAAGGAAUUAAAAGAAUAUAUUGAGAAAAAAACCGCAAUAACAAAUAGCGAUGAUGAUGACGAUGUAGAAAUACUUCCGGACGUAGAAGAUGGACCCAUAUGUAUUGAUGAGAACUCAUUGGACUCAUUUUGUAACGAUAGUCAAGAAGUUGACUUGACAGAAGGUGGAAGUGAACCCAACGACAGUGGAGAUAAAGGUAAAGAUGAAAAUAUAUUUAUGGACACAAGUGAGCUACGAGAUACUUCAGACGAAUUGGAAAAUGAAAAGGAUGAUACUGUUAGUGUGCUUAAAGAUAAUGUAAAGAGUAAAGACACAGGCGAAGCAUUGAAAAGAGUGGAUAUCACAUGCGAUGAAAAAAUUGAAAAUACUGAAAAUGGCACCUCAGAUUUAAAAAGUAAUGAAGUCAGUGAAAAAGAAAGUGAGUCACAAGACAUGGUUGUUGAUAAAGAAGAUUCAAGAGGAAUAAAUGAUACGCUAGAUAAAAGAACAGAAUCCAAACAACAGGACACGCAACCCAUAACAAAUGGCGAAAGCCAAGACUCAAACAAAAGUUCAAAAAUUAUGGAUAAAUUACCCGAAAGCCACGACGAAGAAAACAAUGAGACGACGGACACUAUGAAUAUUUCCGAUGAUGUCAAAGAAAACCCCUAA